CUUCUUUGUUUGCUUAUAAAAAUUUCUUGUGAAAAUUUAUUAAUAAAUUUAGAUCAAACUCCUAGUAAUUUAGAAGAAAAAUUAUCAAUAAAUAUAUAUUUUUUUUUUAUGAGCUUGAGGCAAUAAACUUAUGAUUAUAGUCCUGAACAAAAAUAAUACGCUUUUGGUUUAAAGUUAUAGGGUUAGUUAGAUUAAUAAUAUCAAGAAAGAUUGAGUGUUGCUCCAUAACUAAAAUAGCAAAAGACAUUUUAAAAUGAGAAUUAAGGAUAUCAGGCAUACCAAGAUAAUAUACAAGAAGAUGAUGAUGACGAUGAUGAAUUGCCACCUAGACUUGAAUAUGAUUAUGAGACUUCUCCCACAAUAAAAUAUUAACAGAGCAAUAAUUAAUAAACAAAUCUACCUUUUGAUUAAAAGAGUUAAAAUGGAAAUAAAGCAGGCGAUAAUAAUUUAACAGAUCUUAGUAGAAUAAAUUUAAAUUAAAAAUCCAGAGAUAAUUUAUCUGUUAGUGAUAAUAAUACUAACAAAGCUCUAAAUACACCUUAGCAAAAGGCAGCAAAUGUUAAUUUAAAUUUAAGCGCAAACAAUAUGAAUAUGUAUAAUAAAUAGUAGAAACAGCAAGAAGAGUUGGAAAAAAAAGAAGUAAUGGAAUAAAUAAAUAGUAAUUAAAAGAAGGUGAUUUAAUAAGAUAUAGAAAUUAAAAAAGGGAAUCUAACUGAUUAACUUAAAAAAGAAGAUUUAAAUGAUAAAGAAGCUAUAGGAGGAUAUAUAUAACAAUUAAAUAAAAUGAUUGAGGCAACAGAUAAGCAAAUAAAAGAAGAGGUUAAACUAAAAAGUAUAUUAAAGAAAUUAGAGGAGCAGAUUUAGUUAGAUAGGAAUACAUAUGAGUAAAUCUACAAAUCAAAAAAUUUCAAAAUAUUAGAUGAGAAUUAAAAAACUUUAAAAGAGCGUAAAACAGAAGAAGAAAUCAAAUAACUUUAAUAAGUAAUAAUAAAUGAGAAGAUAAUGCCAUUCAUAAAUUCAAAUAUUCCGAAUCCUAAAGAUGUAGAACGAUUAUUAUAAGAAAAUUUAAAUACUUACACGAAAUUGCUACGUAGCAAACAAUAGGAAAUUUCUGAGUAAGAAGUAUUCAAAAAUAUUAAAGAGUAUAUGGAAAAGAUUAUAGAAAGCAAAAUGGAGACAGUGUAACAUGUAAAGUAUAAUAUUAGGAUGCUUGAUGAUUGCAAAAAAUAUAGAUAAAUUUCAAGUAAAAUGGCAAACACUAUCAAGUAAUUCCAUAAGAUCAUUAUUGAUGAUUUAAAUAAGCUGAAAAACUUCAAUUAAGAACUCCCUACCUAAUAAGAAUUAGAAUAUAAAAAUAAAAACGAAUAUCUAGAAAAAUAAAUUCUAAAUGAACAAAAAAGAAGAAGAGAGUUAGAGGAAGAGUUAAAAAAGAGGAUAGAUGAUUUCAAAACCUUAUUUUAUGAUGCUUAAAAAGCUAAAGAAAUUAUCAAAGAACAACUCAAAGGGAUUUAAAAGGAAAAAGAAGAAUUAAAAAAACUUCAAGAAGAGUUAAGGUAAGAAAAAGAGUUAAAGAAGUAAGCUCAACCAGAAUAAUCACUAAAUCCUCCUAAAGGUAACAACAACCCAGAAACUUUUAUGAAGAGAUCCGACAGAAACUCAACUGCCUCCAUUUAUUACUAUAAUAAACAAUUCGGAAAAAGUCAAAACAAAGAAGAUGAUUUGCAUAUGAGCUAAAAUAGCAGUGAUUUAAAAGAUUAAAGGAGAGCAUAUAAUUAUGAAAACAGGAACAACUAUGAUGAGGAUUUAAAUGAUGAUAAUUAUUUAGAAACAUAUGAGUCUUAAGAUUAAAAAUCUGAUUUUUAUAGUUAUAACUAAAAUAAUUACAUCAAACCUUAAAAGCUAGAAAUCUAGGGUAAUUCUCCUAAUUUACAGUCUAACGGUGGUUAGCAGUAAUAAUAUAUAAAAUAGCAAAACUAGCAGUAGGGAUAAUAACAGCCUUUGUAGAGUUAGUAAUAACCUUUUUAAUAUUAGUAACAAUAAGUUUAAUAAUAGUAGCAAUAACAACCUUAAACAUAACAAUAAUAAUUUUAAUUCUAAUCGUAGUAAUCGUAAUAAUAGCAGCAAUUACCAUCGCUUUAGUUGCAAAAUUAGAUAACAUUUUAAUAAAUAAAUUCUCCUACAAAUGCACUAAAUGAAAGUAAAAUUCCAAAUUAAAUUAAUUUAAAAAUCCCAUAAUACUCUCCUAUUGCAUCCCCUAGUAAUGACCCAGCAAACAUUUAGAGCCAAUUUUCUCCAAAUAUAAAAAAAGAAAUAAAUAAGACUGUAGGAAAAUCAUCACUUAAAAAGAAAUCAAGCGAUCAUGUUAAUGAUGAAGAAUAGAAAUAUUAGCAGCAACUAAGCAUCGGCUUUUUCGAUUUUAAUUUUGUACCUAACGAAUCUAAUAAUAAUAAUAGCAAUUUAAACACCCAUGUUAGAAGUUACUCAAAUAAUGUAAGGUCAAGUGGAAAAAAAAUAUUUGGUUCCACAACAAACAGCUUCUAUUAACAAACAUUAGGUCCUCAAAAAUCUUUUGGGCACUCAUCAAUCUACAAUUAAACUUAUGAAAAUAAUUAAAGUCAAGUUAGUAAUACUUUAAGAUAAAUGAUUUAGUCUAUUUAAACCCAACAAAAGAGUUUGGAAGAUGAACUUUCUAAUUAUUCGAUUUUAAAUUGA